AUGAAUAUCCAACAGGGCUGGCAACAGGAGAUUCCUCUUCCUGAGAGACAGAGAUUGGUGCAAGCAUUAGUGCAAACGUUGAAGUUGAUUCAAGGAGAUGCGUUUAAUGCUCAGAAGGGGGGGUCUAUAGCUCAGGAGUUUGAGCGGAACGUGUUCCAACGGAGCGGAUCUAAGCAAGAAUACAUCAAUUAUAUCCGAGAGAAGGUACAGCAACUUCGAGCCGGAGCUUUGAGACGAACCCAACAGCAACAGCCUCCUAAGAACAACAGCUUUCCUAUGGGCCAACAACAACAGAGUCAGUCUAACUUAGGCGGCAUGAAUCAGCCUCAACAACAAAGAGGUGGGAUGAUGUAUGGUGGUGGGCAGGAGCAGCAGCAGCAACCCACCAAUCAAGUACCUGGAAUGCAAAACCAGAGACCAAUCCAGCAACAACAGCAGAAAGUUCAGCCAAUCCAACAGCCUAACCCUCAAAUGGGUGGUUUACAAAGACAGCAACAACAACAAGUUCAGGGAUCGAACCAGCCACAGGGAAUGGCCCAACAGAACUUCAACAGGUCACCUGCUAUUCCCACUAAUCAGAUGACAGGUAACAAUAAUCCAUCAAUGCAAUUCAAUCUCCGCAAUUUCAAGAACCUCCCCAUCCCCCAGUCGUUGUUGCAGAAGAUCCCCGGACUUCCAGCCAAUGUCCGGACGUGGGCAGAUAUUUCCGAGUGUAUGACCAAGAACCAGAUUCCGCAGAGCUUAUAUCCGACCAUCAAGGAGAUCCAUGAGCAGCAUGCCGCUUAUUUGGCUCGCCAGAUGAAGUUGAGCCAAUUGAACCAGCAACAGCAGCAGCAAGGUCAGGGUCAAAGUCAGGGUCAACCAGGUGGAGGUGUGUCUGGAGUCAGUAACCAGGGAUUGAUGAAAGCCGGUAACCCAAUGGGAAUGAUGAACAAUAGUAAUACUAACAAUAAUACUAACAAUAAUACUAAUACUAACGGUGGCAAUGUUCUGAACGUUAGAACUACGCCAAUCAUGGGCAACUCCAACUUCAACAUGAACAAUUUGACUCCACAGCAGAAACAGAUGUUACAGAGACAGAUGCAGCAUCAACAACAAGGGUCCAAUAAUGAUCGUACGAACGCUGUUCCUGUACAGCAACUGCCCAUGAUGAUGAACAAACAACUGAACCCCAACCAAAGAACUAACAAUAACAAUUUGGGGGGUGCUGGUGUUAACUCCGGGAAUUUAGCGUCUAAUCUGCAAAUGAAUGGUAUUCAACAACAGAAAACUGGUAAUAUGGGAGGUGGCCAACAACAGCAACAGCAACAGCAACAACAGCCACAACAGCCACAGAUCAAGGUACCGGAGUUCCCUAUCACCGACGAAGAUGUGGCUAGGUAUACUCCUGAGGCCAUGGCGUAUUUUGUUAAAUACAAAGGAGGAUUACCUCCUGUGCUUGCUAAGGAAAAGUUUAUCCGGAAGUAUAUUCAGUUUCAGAAGACUCAACUUUGGAAGCAGAAGAAUGGGUUAUUGCCCAACCAACAGAACCGGGGUGGAGUUCUUCCUCAACAGCAGCAGCAGCAGCAGCAGCAGCAGCAGCAGACACAGAAGCAACCCCGUAGGCCUACUGUUAUUGGAAAUGGUGGUCCAGUAGGGGGUGGGCCCAUCGUAGGAGGGAAUCAGAUGAAUGGACCAGCUUCAAAUAAUCAGAUCUUGCCUAAUACUGCCAUUACAAAUACUCCACAAGUUCAGCAACAGCAGCCGAUCGUCCGUCCUAAUAAUCAACAGAUGAAUCCACAGUCGUCACCAAUGAUGGGGAAUCUUCAAUCUCCAUUAAUGACCAACACUCAGCUACCAGUUAACAGUAUGCAAUCCCCGUUAAUCGGACAAAAGUCCAUGCCAAUGAAUCAAAGUUUGUUACAACAAUCUCAACUGCAGCAAAGACAACAGGGCAUGCAACCCGGAAGACAACAGAUUUUACCACAACAACAGCAACAGCAGCAACAGGGUCAACGUCUUCCUCAAGGUCAACAACCUCAGUAUUCAAUGCCUCAAAACAAGCAGCAGUUCAACCAACAACAACAACCAUCACAAAUGAGACAACAGCAAGCUCAAGUAGGAAAGCCUGUGAUGCAGCUGCAACAACUGAAUCAGCAACAGAGUCAGCUUCCACAAGGACAGCAACAACAACGUCCAAGUAUGGGAAUGCCUAAUAUGAUCACUGAUACUCAGGAGUUCAAUCAGAAAUUGAAGCAAAUUGUUGAAGACGUUUCCAGGAACGCUAUUAGGUUGCAAGACGUUAGCCAAAAGCUUAAUGAUCAAGACAAGAAUGCUGUUCGAGAAGCAUCUCAAAAGAUCUCUCAACAAUUUGCCAAUAUUGAUAAUGUUAUCAAGUGCUUUUUCAUGCUUACUGGUGAUGUUGAAGGAACCAGAAGAAUCUUCCAUGCUAAGCACAUGGUGAAAAACAUUUCUGAAGGGUUAAAUCGUGGGAUCUACUUGGCUAUUCCAGAGAUGAUGGAAAAGCUUGCACAACAGCUACAAAAGUAUUUUGACUUUGUCAAACUCCGGAUGCCCAAUUUACGGGCUAGCAUGACUGGCCAACUUCAACAGCAACAGCAGCAACAGCAGCAACAAGGGCAACAACCUAAUAUGCAGCAGCAGUCACAGCAGCAGCAGCAGCAGCCCCCAAUUACUCAACAGCAAAGGUUGGUGCAACAGAAAGGUGGUCAACCCAACGUUAAUGGGACGAUUGUACCCAAUAACCUGUUUAUGAAUGAUGCUAGAAGCGAGUCUGAAAAGUUGGCUCAGCAAGAGAGAAUUCAUCAACAGCAAUUAAUCCAACAGCAGUUACAGGGUCUGAAUAAAUCUGCUAAUCCAACCUUACAACCCCAACAGAUUCCUCAAGGAAUGCAGAACAGGGCACAGUACCUGCAACAACAACAGCAACAACCAUUGGCAGCUCCUUUGCCCCAGAGUGCUCCACCUCUUAUAAAGAAUACACCACCAAUUCAACCAGCAGCUCAGCCGUCUAAUGUUGAUUUGACGAAAGCUAAGAAGCCUUCUAUAAGUGCUGCUUCGUCCCAAAGCAGACGUAGAGCUUCAUCUGUUAAAAAUGCCCCCACACCUGGAGGCUCGGGCCCUGUCAAUGCCACAACUCCUGCGACACUUGCCAGUGCUAUCAAAACACCCAAUAGUUUACCUACGCCACAAGUUCCGCAAUCUUAUAGCAACAAGAACACUCCCAUGGAUAACUCUCCAAGUUACAUUGCUAAAACACAGUCUACAACCAAUGGGUCUCAAGCAGAUAUUACGGAGAUCUUUAGAACCACAGGUGUUGAUGCCAAAUCAGCUAGAAGAAGAGAGUUGUCUAAUUCUGAUCCUGAAAAGUUCUUUUUGGCAGCCAUGGCUAAUUUAUUGGAGCUUGAUUCUUCAGUUGUUGAUGGUCCCUCCUCUUCAACUUCACUUGAUGGAACUGGAACUACAAAGAGAACAAUCUCAUCUUCUAUUAAGAAUGGUAAUGAAGAUUCUAAGACUGGUCUUAAUUCUCCACUUUCACCAAUGAUGAAUGCUUUGAGUUAUAAUAAUGGUGUUGGUUCCAUAAACAGAAAUAGUGACGCGGCUAAUGAAGGAUGGACUUGUGAAAUAAGACCAGUAGCCAUAACGUCUGCCUUUAAACAAGUUGAACUCAUUCGAGAUUUGGUAUCGACCGACGUCAUUGCUACGUGCUCCGAAAUGGCUCAAGUGGAAUCCCCGAACGGCAUUGAAGUAGACGUUUCAAAGAAAAGAACUUAUGAAAUGAUGGAGGACGAUGAAGACAUUGAUAUGCUUUUUGGAGAGCCAAUAAAUGGUGGAGGCAGUAGUCAAUCGUUUUGUCGUUCGCCAAUGGCUGAGGCAGUAUUUGCCCACACUGUUAAGGUAAAGGGCUAUUCUGAUCGCUUUGACGUUAUAGAUUCCUUUGGAACCUCGGGCUGGCACAUUGGGGAGCUGCCUGAUAGUCGUUCGGCUAAGACAUGUCGGAAACAUGGCAUUCCUGUCAACCAUUCAGCACAACAGAUUCUGAGAGACCAUUUCCAUCAGUUUGAUUACGUUUUGUGUAUGGAUUCCAGCAAUAAGAACGAUUUGGAGUUCAUGAAGCCCAAGGGAUGUAAAGCCGUAGUCAAAUUGUUUGGAGAUUAUGGUACUGAUACUCAGUUUGACAAGAUUGUUAUGGAUCCAUAUUAUGGAGGGAUCGAUGGUUUUGAGGUUAAUUUACGUCAAUUGACUCACUUUCUGGAGGAAUUUUUGAAUCAAGUAGUUGAAAAAUGA